GUUGAGUGAAGACCUUGAAACUAUAUAAACACGGUGUACUGUUUCUGCGCACAUUUCUAACAAUGGCGUCUUUAAGCUGUGGCUACAAAUGUUUGCAAAUAUUUUUGGUCAUCUUCAAUAUACUUGUGUUUGCAUGUGGCAUCGCUCUGAUUGUAAUUGGAAGCCUUGCACAAGUAGCUAUUAAUAAAUAUUCUGCCGGAUUGGAUGCAAAUUUAAAAGGACUUGUCAUUUUUAUCAUUGUCCUUGGAUGUGUUGUGUUUCUCCUGGGAUUCCUUGGAUUCUGUGGCGCAUGCACUAAAAAUGUUUGCUGUUUAACAAUGUAUGCUAUUAUGCUAUCAGUUAUAGUUGCGGCUGAAAUCGGCGCAGGAAUAGCUGCUGUUGUACUGAAAGAUGAUGUCAAGAAGCACUUCACAGCUACAGUCAGGAGUUCUGUGGCAGUGUAUAGUAGCAAUCCUGAGCUCCAGAAACUCAUUGAUAAAAUACAGUCAGAGUUUAAAUGUUGUGGUUCUGAGUCUUCAAAUGAUUACAAUGCAACAGGACAAACGGUUCCUGACUCUUGUACAGAUCCAGCUACAAAGGUGCCAUAUACAGAUGGUUGCUCUAACAAAGUGAUAAGUUUCUUUGAAAAGUAUCUUGUCGCUGUUGUUGUCGCUGCAUUCGUUUUCGCUUUACUACAGUUAUUGUGUAUUGUCUUCGCUAUUUGUGUUAUUCGAGCUAUCAAGUCUGGUGAUUCAGCUUGAGGUGACGAAGAAGAAGCCGAAGAAGAUAAGGAAGGCAAGACUGAUGAUAUCAAAAAAUGUUUUAAACUAUCUCACAACAUUCCUUAUAACCUGGCAAAAUGACACUCUUCAAUGUGAUAAAAUCCUUCACUUCCCACCCCUGUCCCGCCAAAAAAAAUAUAUUUUUUAAUAAUUUCUAUUCAUCUGUCAUAUUGCUAAUUUUUACCCUUCUUUUUCUUCUUAUUGUAAUUGUUGACAUGUGGAUAAGGAAAUUUUGUAUCCUCCCUCCCUUCUUCAUCCCCUACUCCUUGACAUACUUUUCUGUUUUGAAAAUAACAGAUGUAAGAAACAGAGAUGGAAAGAAAAAUCAUGAAAUAAUAAUUUUGUUUUUGGGUUAUUGGGUUGAUGAAAAAUAAAGACAAAUAUAUUAUCAUUAUUAUAAC